AUGAGAGCCCUUGAACUCACGCGUACUUCAGCGAGUGACCCUCCAGAAUUGAAAAUAAAAGAUUUGCCUGUUCCUCAAUUGAAACUCGGUCACGCCCUCGUUCGCAUUCACUAUGCCUUCAUCCAGCCAUCCGACAGAUUGAAUGCCCAAGGUGGCUUCUCAUAUACCACAUUCCCACGUGUCCCAGGACGUGAUUACUCCGGAACUGUGAUUGACAUCAUGAGCGAUCACCCCGAAUCAAAGUCAUGGGUUGGGAAACACGUCUACGGAACCAGCGGGUCAAGUCUCGGGUUCGAAACGGAUGGCACGCACGCUCAGUACUGCUUGAUUCCGGAAAAUGCGCUUGUCGAGAAGCCAUCUCGGCUGUCAUCCAUCCAAGCCGCGACUGUUGGAGUCCCAUUUACGACGGCCUUGAUUUGUUUGCAGCGCGCGCAAGUAAAGGCAGACGACGUUGUCCUUGUACUUGGUGCGAGAGGCGCUGUAGGGUCUGCAGUGGUGCAGAUGGCUAGGGCAAUGGGAUGCAGACGGGUUUUGACGGCGGCACGUCGUGGAGACCCAACCCCUGAUAUUGUCCUGGACUCUGGUGGCUCCAUCAAAGAGUCUAUCUCAAAACUGACCGGUGGGAAUGGUGUGGACGUUGUGAUUGACACUGUGGGAGAUUUGGCCUUGAUGGCGGCGGUGAUGGAACAAUUGGCUCUUCAGGGACGAUAUGCAUGGAUCGCAGCUCCCCGAGGAGCAGAUAGUAAACAAUUGGCCUUUGACGUGUUCAAGGCUUACCGCAAGGAAAUUUCGCUUGUGGGGUGCAACUCAGCCGCUCGUACGCUCGAACAGACGGCGGAAUAUUUACGGUCGAUGAGCGGGUGGAUCGAGACGGGUCUUCUAAAGGCACAGGAUGAAUCUCAGCUCAGCAUAGUGAGGAUUGAAGAUGCCAUUACUUCUGGGUACGGGAAUCCUACGCGGAAAAUGGUCAUUAACAUGUCUUAA